UGUUUUGACAAGUAAACAUGGCGGACGAAGAUCCAAACACCAAAGUUGAAUGCGAAGACGUUCCUGCAAAAGAAGAACAACCAGUGGCUACGGAACCUGGGCAAAAUGAUGUCGCCAGCGAUACCGACGAGGUCCAGAAGGACAAACGGGCAGACAGCUCCUGGUCGGCGCCGAUUCUGUCGUUUGCUCGUAAAGCGACGGAGACGCUGAGCAGUGGAGUGAAUCACUACAGCGCGGGGUUAAAGGGAUCGGACGCAUCACAACACACCUCUGACACCUCAGAGCCCCCAAAGACAGCAGCUGUGAAGGAUCCCAUGGUGGUGGAGAGGUCAAACCUCCUCAGCAUGAUGAAGCUCAGCAUUAAGGUUCUGAUCCAGUCCUCCCUCAGUCUCGGCCGCACGCUGGACUCUGAAUAUCCACCUCUGCAGCAGUUCUUUGUGGUUCUGGAGCACUGCCUUAAACAUGGGUUAAAAGUAAAGAAGACUUUCAUUGGUCAGAAUAAGUCUAUCUGGGCUCCUCUGGAGUUGAUGGAGAAACUGUGCCCUGAGUCAGCUGACAUUGCCACCAGUGUGCGGGAUAUGCCUGGAAUCAAGACAGGCCUCGGGCGAGCUCGAGCGUGGCUUCAUCUAGCUCUAAUGCAGAAAAAAAUCGCAGACUACAUGAAAGUGCUAAUAAAUAGAAGAGACCUUCUUGGGGAGUUUUAUAACCCCGGGGCUCUUAUAAUGGAGGAGGAGGGGGCUGUGAUUGUAGGGAUGCUGGUGGGUCUGAAUGUGAUCGAUGCCAAUCUGUGUGUGAAAGGAGAGGAUCUGGAUUCCCAGGUGGGCGUCAUUGACUUUUCAAUGUAUCUAAAGGAUCCGCAAGCAACUGAGAACACACAGGAUGAUUCAAAAAUGACAGCCAUUCUUGACCAGAAGCACUACAUAGAAGAACUGAACCGGCAUCUGAGCUGCACAGUGACGGAUCUUCAGGCCAAGAUGGACUCACUGGAGAAGACCAACAGCAAACUCAUUGAGGAGCUUACAGCAGCCACAGACAGAAUCAACGCUCUGCGCGAAGAGCAGGAACAACUUAAACAGGAAAAUGCAAAUAUUCUCCAAUCUAGUCAGAGGAAAGAGGAGGUGACUCUACAAGACAGCCAGGUUGAGCUAGAAACAUAUCGACAGACACGGCAGGGUUUGGAUGAAAUGUACAGUGUAGUUUGGAAGCAAUACAAGGAGGAGAAACGAAUCCGGCAGGAGCUGCAGAAGGAGCUGGAGCUGCAGAUCGGUCUGAAGCAGGAAAUGGAAGUUGCCAUGAAACUCCUGGAAAAGGACACGCAUGAGAAACAAGACACGCUGGUCGUGCUUCGACAACAACUCGACCAAGUCAAGAAUCUCAACUUACAGAUGUUCAACAAAGCACAGGAGUCUGACCGAGUGGCCCAGAAAAAAGUGGAGGACAUGCAAGAGCUGGAAGAGAAGGUGAUUCAGAUGGAAGCAGCCAUGAAGGAACUAGAGCAGAGGCUUCAAAAUUCAGAAAAUGUGCGCAAGAACACUGAUGAAAGCCAGAAUGAGCUGAGAUCGGAGAUGAAAGGAAAAGUGAACGCUCUGCAGAAGCGUCUCGCUGACCUCGACACACUCCGGGCAGGCCUGGAGUCAGAGCUCAGCACAGAGAAGGAGCAGCGGCAAAACCUACAGAGGGAGCUACACAGAGAACAGGACAACAGCGCAGAGCUGCGCACACAACUGCAGCAGCUGCAGGGCCUGCAGACGGAGCUUCUUGAUCUUCGACAGGAGAAGAAACAGCUCCAGCAGCUGUGCGAGGAGCAGGAACAGGCUCUACAGGACAUGGGCCUUCAUCUCAGCCAAUCCAAACUCAAGAUGGAGGACUUCAAAGAGGUCAACAAAGCCUUGAAGGUAAAAGAGCUUCAUGAGGGUCAUGCCUGGCUAAAAGACGAUGAAGCUACACAGUGCAAGCAGUGCCAAAAAGAAUUCUCAAUCUCUCGGAGAAAGCACCAUUGCAGGAACUGUGGAGACAUCUACUGCAACAGCUGCUCCAGUAAUGAGCUGGCUCUGCCCUCGUUCCCCAGACCUGUCCGCGUGUGUGACAUCUGCCAUUCCCUACUGCUCCAGAGAAGCUCCAUCGGCUCCUCCUGACAGCAUUCAACAUCUCUGCUG